AAGAUGCUAAAAAUGGAUCAAGGCGGAGAUCCAAGAUCUUUGGAGGAUGGUCCACCCAGUCCUUGUGUAAACAUUUCGUCAAAGGCGGAGAAGGCCGGAAAAGUUUUAUUGGACGAGUAUUCCUUCUUCCGAACCUUUAUUUCUCCUCUCGGCGUUUUCUUCCCUGGCGUCAUGAGGAAAAUGAAAAUGAACAAACGCCAAGUGUCAAUACCGAUUAUGAUGAGAGCUCAAUCAUUCAGUGGAAGCCUGCUACUUUGCUACAUAUUUUACUCCCAUGCAUUUUUUUCAUUCUGACGCAACUGCACAUCAACAUAAAGAUAAUCCUCCCCAUUGAACGGUGACACUAAACACGAUCAUAAUAAUACUUCUAAUAAUAAUUGGUUUUUGUGCAAUAAUAAUUGAUUUGUGCGUGCAAAUGCACCCACGCAAACACGAAAUAGUUUUCGAAUCUACCCCUAUCGAAAGGAAGUAUUAAGUAUUAGAACAAGUGUGAGACUUUUUUUGUGAGAUUACUCCAAGAUGCCGAGACGAAAGAAGGGUUCAGGAAAAUCAGGAUCUGGUGUUUCCAUAUCCAUAAACAAGGGCAAACCUCAACAACGGAAUGCUGCAAAUGCCCGAGAAAGAGCAAGAAUGAGAGUCUUGAGCAGAGCAUUUUGUCGACUAAAAACAACCCUGCCCUGGGUCCCAGCGGACACAAAGCUGAGCAAAUUGGACACUUUGCGACUUGCAGCGUCUUACAUUGCCCAUCUCAAGAAGGAGUUGACUGAUGACAGCAUUCUGUCCCCCGAUGAGAAUCUAUCACAUCCAGAAAUGACUUUGACGUGGCCAUUUGGUUUUAAUCGGCCAGCUCUUCUGAGAGGAGGAGGGAACGGAAGUUCGUCUCUAGGAGGCGAGGGAAGUGAAAUGGAUGAGGAGGACGAGGAGGAAGAAGGAAAUAGUUCGGGAGGCUGUUGGGAGGAAUCUCAUCACCCGAACGGCGAGAAGGACUGCAUCCACCUGGACAACCCCAACCAGCCAACAAGCUCUGAUUUAUUGGAAAAACACAUCCACGAGAUGCAACUCCACCAGCAUGAAUCCAACAACUACAAUAAAUGUCACCCCAUCAUCAUCUCGAACCCAAAUUCCGCGGACUCAUGCAACAAUUUGGCCUACAAUUUCCACCAGGUCCAACGUCAACAACCCCACACACACUCCUCCGGGAUGUCAUACUUUCAAAAUGAUGUCAUCAUGUCCUUGAGUUGAACAACGUCUGUUUCAAAGGCUAGUCUCAUUUUCCCCAAUAUUUUGCAAAGUAUGUAAUUCUACCACGUUUGCAAGAUUUAUACUCGUCCUCAGUAUUUUCGUUAUUAUUACUUAUUGUAUACGAUAAUAAGAUGUAUGUUCAUGCACAGUUUCACACAUUGCAUGAAUCAUUGCAUGAACAAACCCAAAGAACAAGAAAAAGUGUCGCUUUUUCAUUACCACCAAAAUCAAUGUCAUAUUAUAAUCAUACCCCGGACAAAUAUUUUUUUAUCCUACCCUACUCGUGUUGAGCUCAACAUGAGUAGGGUAGGAUAAAAAAAUAUUUUUCCGGGGUAUGAUUAUAAUCUCUUCUACUGUAUGUGUUUAAUUCGUGGAUGCAUGUUCAUGGAUCAGAUUCUUAUAUAUGAUGAAUCGCAGUAUUCGUAGUGUUAUUAGUCAGCAGUUUUCUGGACAACCUCCCAAAAAAACUGAAACAAUUUGGGUGUUCCUAUUUUUCCAUUUGAAAGUGUUGAUUUUAAGGAAAAACUUAAUUAGUUGUAAAUAGUAAUUGACAAGUUAAGUGACGUAUGAAUAUACGCGCGAGGUUUCUGAUCGUCAGUGGUGUUCGUUUCGUUCUUCCUUCGCACUAAUGCGUUCACUCCAGGGAUCUCGAACCUUGGACGUUGGAAUACAUCUACUUGGAUGGAUGGAUUCUUUAGAAAUUCUGAAAAUAACUCCACUUUUGAGAUUCCACUCUGCUCUCGUCCAAAUCUAUGACUUCCCACUUCAUCUUUGAAUAAACUUUUCAUAAAACUCAUGCAUAAGUCUUCCCUUUCUCUCCAGAUUUUUUCUCCAUUUCAUUCGGGCAAAUGUAUAUGAAAUUGAAAUACCGCAUUUCCUCUUGUUUCCACAAAACUUUUAAUUAGUUCUCUGUGCCAGGAGGAAGUAUUAUAUAAGUAACCAUUCAAUUUAUUGUUAUGAAUUUCACAAAAUGGUCCAAAUCAUGGAUUGUUCCCGGUGAGGUGGUGAAACCUUGUCAGUGCGAACUACUACUUUAUGUAGGUUCGUUGUAUCAUAAUAAUUCAUUGUAAUUUUUAUGUAAAAAACAAAUGGUAAUUAAAGAAAUUGGAAGCUGGAAAACUG